ACUCCGAAAUGUUUUCAAAGAUUGUGUGUAUUGUUAUAACAUUUUCAACAGUUGUUGCAACGGACAUUGCUUCAAGUAAGUUUACAAAGUGUUUUCAAAAUGAAAAUAUUUUCAACUGCAGUGGUCAAGAACUUUUGACAUUACCUGAAACUGACUAUAUUCCAUCAAACAUAGCAACAUUAGACGUUUCUUUUAACAACCUAGUGAACAUCUCUUUCUUAAAUUACCAUGAAUUAAGCUAUUCAGUUUUGACAUUAAACUUGUCGCACAACAGGAUAUCGGUGAUAAGUAGCAAUGCGUUUAAAUCAUUGAACAAUACUUUAUACCUUGAUCUUUCAAAUAAUCUGGUUUCUGGCCAUACCUUAAAAGACAUGGAUUUGUCUGAUUUAAGACGGCUUCGUCACCUUAAGCUAAGCCAUAACCCACUUAAAGUGAUUCAUUCUGAUACUUUUAACUUCUUGGAGUAUCCGUCGGUGACUUAUUUGGAUUUGACUAAUUGUGAAAUCAAAGAACUUGAGAGUGAGUCUAUGGAAAUUCGAUCACUUGAAUAUCUUGACCUGAGUUGGAAUCAACUUGCUGCAUUUAAAGAAUCCUCAUUUCACAUGAUGCCAAGUUUGAAGACACUGGAUUUGAGUCAUAAUUGGAUUACAGUUCUAAAUGAAAUGCCAUACAUGCCGGAGUUGAUCAUACUGAGUCUUGACAACAAUGCAAUAGAAACAAUCGCCAUCAAAAAACGAAUUGAAGACUUUUCGGAUAACUUGCAAGAAUUGUAUUUAAGGUAA